AGUGUGUGUGUGUGGGGAGAUAAGGGGGAAAGGGUGCGGGCGAUGGAGUAGUGAAAAUGGCGGAGACGAUGAAGACCAUCGGCGUGGUGGGCGGUGGCCAAAUGGGCUCCGGGAUCGCUCAGCUCGGCGUCGUCCACGGCUUCCAAGUCUGGCUCUUGGACCAGGACGCUCAAGCCCUCGCUCGAUCCGCCGACUACAUCGCCGCUUCGAUUCGCCGCUUGGUCUCCAAACGCGCCCUCUCUCAGGCGGACGGCGAUGGUGCUCUGCGCUCCCUCCACUGCACCUCGAGCUUGGAAGAGCUCCGGUCGAGCGAUUUUGUCAUAGAGGCUAUCGUGGAAUCCGAGGAUGUCAAGAAGAAGCUGUUCCGUGAUCUGGACAAGAUCGUCAAACCCUCUGCUGUCCUGGCGUCUAACACGAGCUCAAUCUCCAUCACUCGCUUGGCGUCCGCCACGACGAGACCCCGUCAGGUCAUCGGCAUGCACUUCAUGAAUCCUCCACCUUUGAUGAAAUUGGUCGAGAUUAUUCGGGGUGCAGACACAUCGGAUGAGACAUUUGCCAUCACAAAGGCCCUUGCUCAAAGAUUCGGGAAGACGGUUAUAUGCUCGCAGGAUUACUCUGGCUUCAUUGUUAACAGGAUCCUGAUGCCAAUGAUAAACGAAGCAUUUCACACUCUCUACACUGGGGUCGCGACAAAGGAGGACAUUGAUGCUGGAAUGAAGCUCGGGACAAACCAUCCGAUGGGUCCUCUGGAGCUCGCGGAUUUUAUCGGGUUGGAUGUCUGCUUGUCAAUAAUGAGAGUACUCCAAGCAGGAUUCGGAGAUAGUAAAUACGCCCCGUGUCCUUUGCUAGUGCAGUAUGUCGAUGCAGGCCGCCUGGGAAGAAAACGAGGUAUUGGGGUAUAUGACUACCGCAAAGUACCUGAACUGGUUAAACCGUCUGCUCGACUGUAAGUGUUGAUCCCUGGGGAGAAAUAUAGAGGCGUGGAUUGUGUGUGUAAAUAUGAAUUGGAUACAGUGAAUAAGAUAUCGAUCUAGCGUGACGUAUGGAAUGUACACAGCACCCUUGGAGACUAUCUUUUUUUCGGGGCACUUUUCCAUAACAAAUUCUGUCGAGGAAGGAGAGCCGAAGGUGCAAUUUGCGUGGGGAAAGCUUACAAGGCUUUAUAAAUGAUGAAGUUGCAAAAAUAUUUUGUUCUCCCCAAAGAUAGAUCAGCUCGCUAGUAUGACUAUAUCGGAAGGCGAAUCGAUGGAAGUAGUACCGAGCGAUGGGGAAACGAGCAGCAGAAGAGAAUUCAUUUGGGAUUUCAUUAUCAUUUAUCCAUCCAGCCUUGUAAGUUUCUCCACCACAAAUUGCACCUCCCGGUCUCCACCUCGACAGAAUUUGUUCUGGAUAGUGUCCCGUGACGAAGAUGUUCUCCUAGGGUGCCUUAUAUAUUUUGUAUACGACUCUAAAAAGAUAUCUCAUUCGUGGAAGGCAAGCUGUGAAGUGUAAGAUUGCUUUUACUGGACAUUAAUUAGCACUCAUACUUCCUUCCAUGUUUUAAAACGUUGUAUCCUACAUUAAUGGAAGUCUCCUUGUAUUGUUUACGCUCAAUUUGGAUGGAGUGAUUAGGAAGAAAAAGAUGGGAUUUAGGUAAUUACGAGAGACAAAAGAAAUAAAGGGUUUUGAAGGGACUGAAUUAUGAUAAUGAUUGGAUGCUAGGGAGGGAAAAUGGAUGGAAAAAACUGUAUUAUGACAUAAGUGUCUUUUUAGUUAAGUAAUGUACAAAUCCUUUCAUAUAUGUGGAGAGAUUAUCCCUUCCCUUUGUCUCUUUCCCUCCAUCUAAGCAUAAUCAUGUUUUUUUAAAUCCUUUCUCCUAAUCCCUCCUGAUCUCUCCUAACCACUAUAUGCUUUCAUAUAUGUGGAGAGAUUAUCCCUUCCCUUUGUCUCUUUCCCUCCAUCUAAGCAUAAUCAUGUUUUUUUUUAAAUCCUUUCUCCUAAUCCCUCCUGUUCUCUCCUAACCACUCCAUGCUUUUAUUACUCCUGUAGUGGCAGUGGGUAGGCAAAGACUAGAAGAUGAUCGCAUGAUUCACCGAACUUUUACUGUAGGGCUCAUGGGCAGAAGGUCAAACAAUCAUGUAGAAAAGAAGACAAAUCAUCCUCGGCUACGGCUAGAAGUAUAUUCGACUCGUUUUAGUGCCGGAGGUUGUUUGAAAAUUUGCGGACUAAAUCUGCCAAAUAAUCCAUGGUUAUCUCACCAAUCUCACCAUCAUGUCUUUGAUUCACACACCCAAUUAUAGUUACCAUACAAUCUCUUUCGUUUGCAAGACCAUAUCUUCAGCAGCGGAUUCUAUAAGUGCGCAUCUGACAGUUUAUUGCACCAAAAACCCCUCUAGAGGAAAAUUAGGAGUCGGGAUCGCCCGUGUCGUCAUCUACAGAUUGCUCGUAAUGCUUUGACCCUUAUUGCUUGCCAGCUGAGGAUUCUUUCACGUGAGACGAAGGGAAUGAAAGAAGGGGUCCCUCCUAUCCAACCUUAGAAUUCCCUGAGCCCAUACCUACAAAGAGAAGCCUACAUGAUGUGAUUCCUUCAGAAUUAGAAGCGAGAUAGAUGAAUGAAUACCACAUAAGGACAUUUCUCAAUGUAAAUGUGGGAAAUGACCGUAAAGAUUGGGGAAAAUUGUCAAUUCAUCGGAAAAGAAAACCAUGUGAAAAGAGAAGAUAACAUCAAAGUUUUGAUCAUGGAUUGACCCACCACCCCUCUUCUCCUCUUUCCAAGCUGGCAUUAUUAGGCAGGCAACUUUCUUUCUUGAAAGCGAUUGAAAGUGGAAUCCAAUGGGCACCAUCGAGAGAGAGAGAGAGAGAGAGAGAGAGAGAGAGAGAGAGAGAGGAAAAAACAGACCUAGCAACAUUAUUAGAUGAGAAAGAUGAUAGAAAGAGAACAAAAAGGCUGAGCCUUUUAGUAUACCACAAGCACACUGGUCAUUUGUGUUCUUGGUGCAGUUUUGUUUAGACAAAAGAGAGGAAGGUGAAAGUGAAGCAAGAGGCCGAUGAAGUUCUUGUUUCAGUGCCCUUGUUGCUCUUGCUUCUGCUUCAUGAAGUCCAAGAGUGGCAAAGCCAAAGUUAAGGAAGUGAACAAAGCUGCAGCAGCCAAGGAA